AUGGCUGCAAUGACCCCGUCCGCCGAGCCGCGGCGCUCGGCGUUCUUCACGCUUGAGGACGCCAAGAUAAGUUUCAGUAUCAUCUGCUGCAUCUGCGGCAUCGGCACGCUCGCCAUGCCCUCCAAUUUCGCCCGUGCUGGACCCGUGUACGGCACCAUUGCGAUGCUUUUUAUGGCUUUUGCCAAUAUCUAUUCAACCGUGGCGCUGUCCCGCGUCAUCCUCGUAGCGCCUCCCUCCGUCCAGACGUUCAGCGAUGUUGGUGAGUGGGUGCUCGGCAAGACCGGACGCUACCUCGUCAACGUGUCCCAGUUGCUUGUGUGUCUGCUACUACCGUGCGCCUUCCUGGUGCUUGGUAGUACCCUCCUAGACGUGCUGUUCCCGGACUCGUUCAGCCAAAUCUUCUGGAUCGUUUUCAUGGCCGUCACGGCCGUGCCGGCCUGUUUGAUUCCGACCCUCAAGGCCGCUGCGACCGUCGCGUUCAUCGGAUGUAUGGGAACCAUCAUCGCUGACGUGGUAGGAAUCUACGUCCUGGAAUGGGAGAUGCGCGGUCAUCCAGCCGCGCCGUCCCCCGAUAUCUCGCUGCACCAGGUCCUGACGGCGUUCGGCAACCUGUCGCUGGCGUACGGCGUCGCCGUCUUGAUUCCCGAUCUGCAGCGUCAGCACUCGCAGCCCAAGCGUAUGCCCCGCGUUAUCGUGGUUAGUCUGGGCAUCGGUUCGGCUUUCUUCCUGGCUGUGGCUAUCGCUGGUUACGUAGCUGGAGGUUGCCAGCUUUCGGCUAACCUUCUCUUCUCCAUCGUCAACAUUUCCGACCCGUCAUCGCCGUCUGCGCUGGGUUUCGUCCCAGAUCACGGCGCUGUGAUCAUGGCGUACAUGUUCAUGCACCUUCACGUCGUGAUAGUUCUGUCCACGGUGCUGCAGCCACCGUUCUAUAUGGCUGAGCGUCUCAUUCUAGGUAUGCACAAGGACCCCGUCGAUGCCGUCUCGAUCCAUCAAGAGAGAAAGGAGGAAAACGACGGAUGGGAGGAGCUGCGCGAAAAGAUGUCGACUAACGGCCCCGUACUCAGCGUCACCGAACGCGGCGCGAGAGACCUCGAGAGCAACGCCGAGUCGGACAUCGAUACGCUGUCGAACUCUGCCAAGCGUGAACAGGGCGAGAAGGAACACGAUGAGGCCCAGCUCUCAAACUACAGCGUCAAUGUGUUCCGCUACGUCACGUUGCGUCUCGUCAUCAUGGCGAUUCUUGUGGGAGCCGCAAUCGGCUUCCGCUCGCACUUCCUGGACCUCGUGGAUUUCACGGGCGCGUCGGCCAUCACCGUGUGCUGCCUGGUGCUGCCGCUUGUGUUCUACCUCAAGGUUUUCUGGCGCGACUUGCCAAUGUAUGAGCGCGUGGUGGCGGUUGUGGUGAUCGUCGUGUGCACUGUCGUGGGUUGCUACGUUAUGAUCGACGCCGGCAAGAAUCUGUUUAAUCCUGAUUCGGACGGCGUGACGUUUCCGUACUGCUCGGAGGAGUAUCAAUCCGAGCCGUACUACGUGCGUAACUCGACGUCAACCUCGGCGUGA